CCGGUUUGAGACCUGCGUGGACCUUUAGAUGGUCCUGGGGAGGUAAACAAACAACAACAAAUAAAUGUAAUCCAAUAUAAGCGCUAUGGCCGGCAGUGAAAUGCGGACUCGACGCCUCAAUCGCGAAUUGACACAAUUACAAGAGAACGCUAUUGCCGGAAUCACUGUUAACGAAGAUACAAUGUCCUCCAAUUUAGAAACGUGGAUUAUGAAUGUUGAAGGUGCUAAAGGGACACUGUAUGAAAAUGAAAAAUAUCAACUACAGUUCAAAUUUACCUCUAAGUAUCCAUUUGAAUCUCCACAGGUCAUGUUUGUCGGUGAACAUAUCCCUGUGCAUCCCCAUGUAUACAGCAAUGGUCACAUAUGUCUCUCAAUACUCACUGAUGAUUGGUCGCCGGCAUUGUCUGUGCAGUCAAUAUGUCUGAGCGUGCUCAGUAUGUUAAGUAGUUGUAAAGAAAAGAAACUCCCCCCUGACAACGAAUGCUAUGUUAAAACUUGUUCUAAAAACCCCAAAAAAACAAAAUGGUGGUUUCACGAUGAUAAUGUAUGAAGACCAUAAAGAUAAACUUUUAUAGACAUAAAAAUAGCUCAUAUAAAGUGGUUUGUCACAUGUUGUGUUCGAUGACAUCAGUUCUAAAAAUAGCGAAGCACUUACAAAAUUCUAUGAACCGACUUUUAAGAGUCAUAUGUGUAAAUAAUCGGAGUAAACAUUUUACUUCAAAUGAAUAAUUUAGUUGAGUGAUGAAUUUCUCAAACUUGCCU